GCAGCAGAGGAUACCAAUAAUGUGAUUUCGACCUACUGGAGGAAGUGCCUGAGCUACCUAUUUUCCAGGAGCUACAACCAGCUGUGAGCUCUGACGUGGAAAGAGCUUGAGGAAAGGGUGAUCCCUGCCAUGGAGGUGGAAUGCGAUCUGGGUGAUAUACAAAACGAGGAAUUGCUGAGGAAAAUGUGGCAGCAGUCCGAGGACAGCGAGCGCAAGAGGCAGAUCCGAUCGCAUCUCUAUAAGCUGCGCGAGUCGCGACUUUGCAACCUUUAUAGGCACGAAACGGACCCAAUGUCGGAGCCCAACGGAAACGGAAAUGGCAACGUGAAUACGCUGGCCGGAUAUGCAGGCAAGGAUCCGCUGGCCACCAGCCACGGCGAUGCCCUGCUCGACCAGAACUUCCAGAGCCUCAAGUCCAAGGAGGUGCGCGACUCGACCAGUCCCACCCAUGAGCUGCGAUUCCAUUCGAUGACGCUCAGCCAGCCGAAUACCACCGGUUGGGAUGUGCAGACCUCCUCGGAGGUCAGUCCGGAUGGGCGGGCCUAUCGCACCGAAACUCUGGCCAAAACAGAUGGCGUGGAGAAGCUCAAUGGUGGUGGCCUGGCCGAGUUCAAAGGUCGCAACGAGCAGCGCUCAAGUGCCUCCCAUCAGGGCGAUGACAAGAACUUCGUGAAGCAGGCCUCCGAUAGCUCGAAGACCCAGCUCCAAGAGACGGUGGUCUUUGGGGACGAGAACAGUGGUCGCACCGAGAUGAAGAUGAGCUCCACCUCCACCUCGUCCUCCUCCAAGGUGGUGUCCUCCUCGUCCACUGUGGAGUACGGUGAUGAGCCGCGAUAUCUGCUGGAUAACCAGGAGAAGCCACAUCAGCCGCAUCAGCCGCAUCAGCCCCAUCAGCGCGAGUGGGAGCAGGAUCAGAGGCGUCAGGAGCAGCGUAUGCAGGAGCAACUGCAGCGACAAGAGCAACAGAUUCGCCAAGAGCAACUGCAGCGCCAGGAGGAAUUCCAGCGGCAGGAGCAGAUCCAGCGCCAGGAGCAAAUCCAGAGGCAGCAGGAACGAUUCACGGAGAGCCGCGAGCAAAGCAACAGCACCCGGAAUGUCCAGACCCAACAGCAUUACGAGGAGAACAAGCGCUAUGUGGACAUGGACAAGGCUUCGCCGGAGUAUCAACGCCAUGUCCAACAUCUAAUGGAGCAGCCCGGCGAGAUAAUCUCCAAUACGGUGGAGUAUCCCAAGCCGAAUGUCAAGAUGAUUACUACGGUUAAGCGCCUGCCGGACGGAACCAUUGUUAAAAACAAGCGCUACGAGACGGAGCAACUUACUCCCAGUCAGAGCCAUACAACGCACAAGCAGACCAACAACCAGACACACAAUCAAACCCGUAACCAAGUCCACAAUCAGCGACGUGAACACGAUGAGCAGGAUAGCCAAACUCGUGAUGUAGUGGACAAUGUGGAGCAAAAGCAUGUGACGGAGUCGCAGAGCUUCUCCUCGGUGAAGAAGUCCAGUCGCCGUUUCUCCACGGAAACCACCUCGGAAACCGUGGAGGAGUACGAUGACCGUGGCCAGCCCUCAACCAGGGUGGUGCAGAAGGCACCCACACCAUCAUACGCCCCACCCUCCCAUUCGCCACGUCAGUCGCCGGCCAAGGACUUCAGCACCCAUGGUUUCCCCUCGGUGCGUCCGAAUAAGCCCACACAGGAGUAUCCCUCUCAAAGACCCGGCAUUGCUGGCGAGGAGGUGGUGGUGGUACGUUCGGAAAAGAGCCGCCAAGUGAAGCAGCAGACCAGCUCACAGCGCACCAUCGAAACGGAGGUUGUGGGCGAUGAUAACCACGAGCCGCAGAGAUCCCCGCAGAAGCUGAGGGAGGCACCAACACCCAGCUGGGAGCAGCCCGCCACCAGACGUCAGCCGGUGGAGGAGGAUUUUAGCACCCAUGGUUUUCCCUCGGUGCGCACAAGCACCACAACCACUCGUCCCGAUCAACCCGAUGGUGAGGUGUUGCUCACGUCCAAGACGGUGAGUCGCAAUCAGAGCGCCAAUCGCAAGACGAACACGGAGCGGAUCAUUGAGACACAGGUUGAGCAUCCCAAUGCUCCCACACACUCCACUCCGCGAUCCGGAAGUCCACGUCGAUCUCAACCACGCGACGAUUACGCCAGCUCGCCACGCGGACCAGCCGGCAAACCGAGUCAAUCGCGGCCCAGCACCACUGGUGGUAGCACCACCACCACCACCAAGACAACCACCACUUCGGAGCCGUUGACGCGGCGUCAGUUGCAAAAGGAGCGCGAGGUGGAUGCCGCCCAUCGGGCAUUUGCCGCCUCGCUACGCAGCAGUUCGCCGGCGGACAGCACCACCUCGGUGGGUUCACACCACCACCACCAGUCGCCACGAUCGAGCGUUUCCUCGAAUCGCACGUUCCGUCGGGAAAUGCGUGAGGGUUCCCAUGACAGCCAGGCGCCAUCGGAAUCGAGCAGGAUCAGCUCGACCACUGUGACCAGGCACACAGGUGGCAAUGUCACCAGCAGCACCAUCAAGACCAAGACCACCAAGCCGGUGAAAACUCCCAGCGAGCCCAGGUCGCCCACCCCAAAAGCAGGAGGAAGUGUGACCACCACCACGACCACCAUUAGCAGUACCACCAAGUCCAGUCCCAGUCCAGCACCAGCCUCACCCACAACCGCUGCACCACCCACCUCAACACCAGCCAGUUCCGCACCACCAGAUAACAAGCUAUCACAGUAUACGUAUACUACCACUAAGCCCGGCGAUAUAUUCUCUCUGCCACCAACUACUCCUCCUACUAUUAACAACGAACCAACACUAACCACCACCCGCAAAACAACAACCACCACCACCACCUCCGACAACCUCCAGAAUCACCCGAAACAAUCUGCAAUCGAACCUGCUACCACCGAUACCGAUACCGAUACCGAUUCCCAGCCGAUCCGCAAGGUGAAGCUGAGCGCAAAUGAGGCAAAGGUGGUGGAAGAGGCGCCCUGUGUGCGGCGUCAAUAUUACCAGCUGGGAAAUGAGGGGGAAAACCCCGAGACGCCCGAGAGCUCAGGGACCCCUGCCAACAAGAAGCCCCACCCAAUGAGGAGGCCCCACGACGAACCCACGACGGAGCCACAGCUGAGGCGUAGCUCCAAGUCGCCCAGUGUGGAGCCACGUCAGGUGCAGCGGGAAACUACUUUCGAAGGUCGUCGCGUCUCCCAUCCGGAGGAUCGUGAGCUCUUGAUCGAUGAGCUGAUUCUUAUCGAAGAGAUGAGCGGAGCUCCUGGUUUGCCCACGGCUUCCACAAGUCCAGUCCCUAGGGCUCAAAGUCCUGGAAAACCAGUGACUAGGACCCAAAGUCCCGAGAAACAACAGCCUAGGGCAACUCCCAGACAAAGUCCUGAGAAGGAGCAGCCGGCCUUUAAGCAACCACAUGAGGUCUACACGCCCAGCCAGACUGAUAAGCAGUUUCCCCGUGCUCAGAGUCCUGGGAAGACUCCUGGAUGGACCCAGCCCCAAGUUUCACCUCGUCAAAGUCCCGAAAGACAAUUGCCCCGAGCCCAGAGUCCCGAAGAGGUUCCUGGUGUAAGGCAACCUAGUGCUUCUCCUCGUCAAAGUCCCGAGAAGCAAGUACCCGACUCCCAGACUCGCGAUCAAGGUCCUGGUCUUCCCCGUAUUUCACCUCGGCAAAGUCCUGAGAAGCAGUUACCCAAGGAAAUACCCCCGAAGUCCCGCCAAAGCCCGGAGAAGGAUCUAACCAGCCAGCAAAGACGGGAGGAGGAAAUAUUCCGCAGCGCCAUUACCACUACACAAAAACGAACCACCAACAAUUUAAACGAAGAAUUUAUAACGAACGAACGGGGUAACCCGAAUCAGCCCAUUAUCGAAAAGACACCACAGACCACAGCUAAUAAUGAACCGAAAACCAAUCCGUCUGAGACCAUUGAAAGUCCAGAUGGUGGAUUUCCUUCCAAGCCCCAUGAAGUUGAGGCUCAGCCCGAAGUAAAAGAGUCACCCACCUUCCGCAAGAAGGGCUUGACUCGUCGUGAGACCUUCGAGGAUCGCUGUCGCCAGAUUUUGGGCAUGGAGGAAGACGGCGAUACUCAGGGAACUUACACUGAGCGGCCGAAUAACGAAGAGGAAGCUGAGAAUGUUUCUCACACAACAAUAGAAACAAUUCAAGUGAAAAUUGAGGAUUGCCCCGAUGAUGAUGAAGAUGAUAAGCCACGUCGUGUUACUGAGACAUAUGUGGUACGCACACAACCAACGAUUAAGGUGGAGGAGGAGCUCUUUGUAGAUGUGACCGAAGCAGAGGAAGUGGAGAUUCUGGUAAAUCCAUCGAAAAAGACACCCAAGGAAGAGGAUAGUCCUAAAUACUCAAAGGGACAAGAUACUCCCAAAUCUCCCAAAAAGGAUCAACCGAUUCCCACUACUUUAAAGAAGGAACAGAGUCCUGUUCAUUCCAAGGAUGAAGAAACUCCAAGAUAUCCCAAGGAACCAGGCAGUCGUAGGUAUCCAAAAGAGCCAGAACCUUCUGAAUAUUUCAAGGAGAGCCCUAGGAAUCCUAAAGACGAUGCCGAGACAAUUAACAUUAAUGAAGAAACCACCAUUGUCAUUGCCAAGCAGGGAUCAAAGUCUCCUUCUCCUGAACGCAGAGUUCCGAAGAUUCAACAGCAUCCUUCUCCUACUGCAUCGCCAUCAGUAUCUCCCGUCUCUGGAAAAAAGAUUCCCAGCAAAGUGGAGUCAAACUUUGUGACCGAAAAGGUCAUCGAUUGCCGGGGAAAAACUGCUGUAGAGAAAAUCAGCCAGAGACCGCGUACUCCAAGUCCAACUACUCCCAAAAAGAAUACGAAGCCAUCACAAAAUAUUCCAGAGAGGGUACCCGAAACUGAAUCGGAACCCGAAAAGGAUUCAGAACCGGAGACUAAGAAAAAGACCAGUGUCAGCGUCACAAAACUUGAAACCGAACGUCGCAAUUCACGCACCACUAAAACAAAGCAGCCACUGCAGCCCAAAGAACCACAAUCAAAGGUCCCAACUGCGAAGAGUCCUCGCAAGGAUUCCCUGACGGGUCGCAAGCGGGAUAGCCUGGUGGAGGAGACACGUACCACUACAACGACCACAACAACUCGGCAGGGUCGGAAGCCCAGCGAUACCAAUGGUUCGCCUACGAUUAAGGAUCGCCUUCGUUCAUCGCCGCGCAAGCAAAAAACUUCUCCCCAACAAACCCGAACUCCCACUCCGGCCCAGACACGUAGCCCAGAAGAUGACGUAGAUGGGGACUCCUCUUCCCCAGAUGACAGUCCCACUAGGGUGGGUAACGAACGCCGACGAUCUAGCAAUAUUUCCGUGCACACGGAGAUUAUCAUAGAUCACAUGGCCCCCAAAUCACCGAAAACGGAGAGGCGACCUCAAAGUAGCACCGGAAACGUGCCCAGUCCGAUUCGAAAGCUUCCGGUAACGGAGCGCAAGGAGUCAGCACCUGUGCCUCGAGUGACGCGUCGCGAUAAAACCGAGAAGGUCACGCGCUCCACAAGCGAGAAUAUCAUUAAGGUGAGCGGUAGUAAGCCUCAUCCUGAGAUGAGUAGCCUUAAGCCAGGUGGAGAAAGGAGCCGACCCAGCAAGUGCUGCACCACCAAGACAAUCAACCUGAGCGAGCAGCGCAUCAAUACGGCCACUGACAUGGAGGGUGUGAUCAUCGAUAUCCAGCAAGCAAAGAGCUCUAGGGAGCCAUCACCGGAUAGGAUUGUGCCAACACCCGUGCCCGCUGAACUGGAAACGGGAAAGCCUCGCUAUCCGGAUGUGGUACAGGAGCCCGAUGAUGAGCCACGUCGCAAGCCACAGGUUACAAAUAUUCCGAUUUUCGAGGAAGAAUCUCAAACCUAUGUUGGGUGUCAAAUUUCCGAGUUGCUUAGCUCAAAUGGCAUAGAGGUUGAUAUUCUGGAUAAUCCCACUGUGGAGGCUCCCAAGAGCCUGGACUAUCCCGUAAAUACUCCCGAUACGGACGAGAGUCUGUUGAGUGUGCACGAGAAGGUAUCCCGAUUCACUCACUCAGCUGAGAAGGUUAAGGAGCCAAAGGUUUCAGCACCAUUUAGCAGAGAAUUUGAUGCAAACGCCAAGAUCCCUGAAAAUGACGAUUGCCUGCUUAGCAUCAAUCAGAAAGUAGACAAGUUCAUGCGCACUGCCGAGAAUGUUAUCAGGCCUUCGUCACUUUCUCCUCGACCUGAGAUCGAGCGCCCUGCAUUGGAGGAGAUAGAUGAGGAGCUGCUUCGCGACGAUUGUACCCUGAGUGUCUCCCAGAAAGUUCACAAGUUCAUAGACACAGCCGAGAAGUUAGCGCCCACUAUGCCACAGAAGUCGCCACGUCUAGUAGCCAACAUUGAGCGCCAUAUUUCCCGACAGAGCGAGCCAGAGCGCGAGUUGGAUGAGGAGUCAGAACCAGAGCUAGAUCGGGACACAGAUGUGGAGGAUGACGACCAAACUAGGCAACUCGAGACGGAGGAAGAGAUCACCCAAACUGUGACUAAGAAGAAGACCCUGAAGGAAUUUAAGCAACAAACUAUGGAAACCAGAGAGACACGUAGGGAUUCCAAAGCUGAACCGGAAAACGUACAGAAAAAAUCACCUCAAACUAAGCUCAAGGAAGAACCUGCAAAGGUGCCUAAAUAUCAGGCAAAGGUUCCACAAAAAGUUUCACAAUGGGAGCCUAAAAAGCAACCUCAACGGGAGCCAAAGGUGUCACAAAAAGAAACCCCAUGGGAACCCAAGAAACAACCCCUUUCGAAGCCUAAAGAUGAACCUGAAAAGGUGAACAAAAGGGAACCAAAGGUGCCCCAAAAGGAUUCUCAAGCCAAGCUCAAAGAGGAACCAGAAAGGGUGACCAAAAGGGUACCCCAAAAAGAACCUCGCAAGGAACCACUGAGGCAAUCCGAAGAAGAGCCGGAGUUGUCCCCUGAAGAAGAAUUCGAUGAUGAACCUCUGCCAAUGACCAAGGCACACACCACAGCUAUUGAAAUUAAGCGUCAAAAGGAUAUCCUUAACCGUCCCUCUGUGUUUGGCCAGCGCACGCCAGAACGAAAGUCCAGCACUACGCCCUCGCCAAAUAAAUUAAAUGGAACCCGUGGACGACCUAGUCCAAGCACCAGCUUGAUUACCGAAGAGAAGAGGUCGUACAGAAAUCAGGUGACCAAUGUGACCAAGCCGGGAACCAGAAAAACCACUCCAUCGGCCUAUUCCCCAGCCCAAUCGCCACCAUCCAAGACCAGCAGCAUUUCCAAACGAAUGGAGGAAAUCAGUCAGCAGUCAUGGGUAGUCCAAGAUGUGGAUGUGGACGUAGAGGUGGUGGGACCGGCUCCACCUUCACACAUCAGCGAGAAGCCCCAGGGAAAGAGCCCAUCCCCAACGUCAUCGCGAUCGCCAUCGCGAUCUCCUUCCCGAUCGCCCAGUAGACGCACCUCCACCAAUUUGAACACGAUCUCCACAACCACCACCACCACCACUGAGCACCCGAGCACCACAAUGACAACUAAACCGACUCCAAAACCGACUCCAACUAACCCAUCCAAAGACGAACCCGAAAUCAUACCCAUUGAAUCCCUUACAGAAAAGAGCAUCACCACCACUUACACGACGAACACCACUGGACGAAAUGUGGCUAGCCGCAGAAAUGUGUUUGAACCAGUCCAUGAAACACACGUGGAUUCCGAGCCAACUGGUCGUCGUCCCUCGUACAUGGAUCACACAAAGAGUUCGCUUGAGCACAUUCGACGCGAUUCUCUGGAGAUCAAUAAGAGUCACUAUUCCAGAAAGUCAUCCGUGGAGGAUGAAUCUCCUGUGGAGCCACGCAAUCCCAACUCAUCCGUGAAAUUCGAUGUGCCGAGAAAGACCCCGUCAAGAGGGGCAGAUGAGCCAAGAAAGACUUCGCUGAAGGGUAAGGAUGAGGACUCAGAUUUGGAGCUAGAGAUCGAGGAAAUUUUCGAUCUUCAGCGACUGGAGAAGCUUUUGGAAACAGUUGCCAGCUACGAACUGCGUCGCCGCAUUCGUGCACAAAUGCGUCUUAUACGCAAGAAUAUGAUCAAUGCGGGUACAACUACCACCAUCACCACCAUAACCACAAGCACAACUCCGGGUAAGAGUUCACCACUUCCCAAGAGACGCGAUCAGAGUCCAGCGGGCGCUGCUGAAGCAAAGACCAAGGAAGUUCGCACCACCAUAAACCGCCGGCAGCAACAACAGCGAGUGGAACAGGUGGACAGCACAACCCCAACGGCACCGGGAAAAACCUCACCUCACGGUAAGCCGCCAAUGAAGCCGAGGGAAAGAAGUGCCAGUCCCGCACAGAAGCGCCGAAUUAGUCCGCCGGGAAAGCAAUCGCCCGGAGAUAGAAGCACCACCACAACCACUAAGGUCACCACCACAAGCACCACCCGUGGUGCUCCCAGCAAGCCAGCUCAAGGACCCAUUUGGGCAGAUCGCUCCAAGGUGCUGAAGGGUCAUGCCCCAGUUCCCCAAACGAAUGGAAGCACUCCCCGGAAAGGAUCCACCUCUAGUACCACUUCGAGCAGUGGCAAGAUCACUCGCACAACGACCAGUUCGAGCACCACGACUAGCUCCAGUAGCACCACCAACACACGCAACAAGCAGCGCGAGGAGGACUCGAUCACCUCCAGUUAUGGUGUGGGACCCACAGACGAGAACGGACUGCCGCUCUUUGGAAUUCGGGCGCUCAAGAAGAAGGCGACGCCACCGGCAGAGGAACCCUGUGAGACCAAGCAAGAAGUCACAGGCUAUGUGAUCGAGGAGCAGUUCUACUCGGAUAAUAAGUCCCCGCCGCGUCACGAGCGCAAGGAACUCAUCUAUUCAAGCAAUGCGGACGAACUGGCCGCCAUAAAGCAGCAGCUUGAGGAUGAGGAUGAUAGCUCACCUCCGCUGUUGGAUGCCCGAGUGGUGCGGGAGUUCAAGAAGGUGGAGUCUCAGCAAGCGCUUCCCGAGGAUGCCCGAUAUGUGCGUCGCGGAUCGGUGAAGGAGCUUAGCGAGAAGUUCAUACGCAAGGAAUCCUCCUCAUCCACCCAUUCGACCCACUCCUCGAUCGCCCAAUCGCUGGUGAGGCAUGAGGAUGAGACCGAGGAUGAUAGCGAAUCCAAUGAGGUUUGCAGCGUGAUCGAGGCACCACAGAUGCGCCAGAAUCAGAGUCACAUCACUAGCACCACUCGAUCCAGCAACACACGAUCAUUCCUCAACAGCAGUGCCGAUCAGCGCCAGGUGACCAGUGUGGACGAUGUCCUCGAGCGCAUGCGUAAUGCGGAUAAUGUCGAGGAGCCCGGAGAUUCUAGCGAGGAUCGCGAGGCCCGUGCUCUGCUCAACAAAUUCCUGGGAGCCAGUGUCAUUAUGCAGGGCGUGGAGAGCAUGCUGCCACCCACCGCCACGGGUCAGCGUCUAAAUAGUCAAGGCGUGAAGACCACGCGGAUAACCAACACGUAUAGCAAGUCCGGCAAUAGCAGCACCAGCACCACCAAUAACACCAGCAACACCUCCAACAAGGUCAGCAGCUCCUCAGCACCAGUUACACGUACAACUUGUGACAUUGAGGAGAUUUGGGACGAGCAAGUCCUCAAGCAAUUGCUGGAACAGGCGUCCACCUACGAGGAGCGUCGCAAGAUCCGUGCACGUCUACGCGAACUUAUGGCGGAACGCGAAGAGCAAAAGAAUUUAAAGCAGACGUCGAAGGAGGAGGAGGAAAGCAGUGCCAGCGAGUAUGAGGAAAUCAUCGAGGAGGUGACCGACUACAGUGACGAGGAGGAAGAAGUUCCGUCUAAAAAGGAGGAGCCCAAGAAAGAGGUCACCAAAAAGGAAGUGACCCAAAAAGAGGUCACCAAGCAGCAAGAGGAGAUCCAACAGAAAGCCGUGCAAAAGGUGGAAAAGACGGAGACCAAGACUAGCCAAGUCACUGAAAGUGUUAGCAAAAAGUUGGCCAAAGUUGAGCUGGCCAGUAGCAGCAGCUCCUCGACCACAGACGGUGUUCAGGUUCAGGGUGAGUCCCUGCCAGCAAAAGCAAAGAAAACAGGAGCCACAGGAGCAGCAGGACCAGUCAGCAGCAGUAGCAUAGGUAGUAGGAAAUCCAGUAGUCUUAGCAGUAGCCAGGUUAGCACAGUGGUUAGGUCCAGGGACAAAGUCAAGCCGGAAAUGAUGCCAGUCGCAGGAACUGGGUCGGGAUCCGAAUCCGUACCGGGUUCUGGAGCACCCAGCACAGGCAGCCGCUUAAGCGUGCCCUCGAAAGAGGAUUCCGGCACGGAAAGCGGCGAAGAUUUGCGUCUGCUGGCCGCGGGAUUGCGUGACACCUUGCAACAGCAGAGUGGUAGCGAUGUCAGCGAAGCGAAUCGCAGCCUGGUCGAAGAAGUGACCGAUGCCCUCAGCCGCCUGGAGAGCAGCCUUAAACAAGGCAAGGAGCUAGCCGUCGAUGGGGGUCAACGGCAGGCUCUGCUCGGCCUGGUGGCCCGCCUCCAGAGUGGACUCAGUGCGCCCGAAAAGUUGGCCGAGGAUCGAAAGAUCGGCGAAAAUCAAAAGGAGGCCGAUGCCGGUAGUCCGGAACCGGAAACGGAUAGUCGACAAUCUCGAUUCGCAAAACGUCGGCAGCGUAACAGUCGGCACACAGUUGGUGUCAGUCGAGAGGAACUUGCCGACGCCCGACGGUACAUGGAGGACAUGUUGAUCCUGGAGGGCAAGGAUUUUACGCUGAGCAAGUCACCGAGCUCAAGUGCAGUACCAGUUCAACUCUACCGUCCUAAUCAGUUUGUGGCACAGCCACCGCUGCAGCAACUGCAGUCACCCAAUAAUCCACCCAAUGUGACGCAGACAGGCCCCACCCAGAAUCAAUCGCAAUUAAGACCCAGUACCUCCAAUAGACGGCCACUUUCCGGUGAUUAUGCCGUCAGCUUUGCCAGCUACGAGGCAAAUCAGAAUUCACAGAACUCUAGUCCCGAUGGCAAUGGAAACUCCGCCAGUAACUCGCAAACCAAUUCGAAUUCCAGUUCGAACUCCAGUCGAUUUGGUGGCGGCAAGAAACACUUAAUGAAGCGAGCCAACACAAUCGAUAUACCGAAGGCAAAAGCCAAGUAUAUGGCGGACAGUGAUUCCGAUUCGGAUUUGGAAGAUGACCAUGGUCCACAUAUGGGUCUGAAGCGAGCGGUGCAGGUGAGUGUCAAGCGACGCGUUCACAAUGCAGUGCCACCGUUUGAGCCAAAAACUGAGAACGAUCACAAGUUCCUGGCUUUUAUCAACAAGCAAAGUCAUCAAACUGGUUUGGGUUGGAGCGGUGGUGGUGGAAGAAGUGUCUCGAAUUGGACCCACAAGUUUGGUAACAUCAAGCAUACCUUUGAGACAGGAGCUGCGGCCACGGUGACCAAGGGUAAGCCGCCACCAGUGCCUGGUCAUGUGCCGGGAUGGGCCAAGCAAGAGCAGCUGCAUCAUCAGCAAUUGCAGCGAGAGCAAAUGCAGCGCGAGCAGAUGCAGCGAGAGCAGUAUCAAAGGGAGCAGCGGCAGCGAGAGCAGAGGGAGUUGCGAGAGCAACUUCAAAGGGAACAAUACCAGGGCGAACAGAACCAGCGAGAUCAGAACCAACGGGAGCUCUCCAAGCGAGAACAAUUCCAGCGGGAGCAGCUCCAACGAGAGCAACUCCAACGGGAGCAGCUGCAACGCGAGAAACUGCAACGCGAACAACUCCAGCGAGAGCAGCUCCAGCGAGAACAACUUCAAAGAGAGCAACUUCAGAGAGAACAGCUUCAACGAGAACAACUCCAGCGAGAGCAACUGCAGCGCGAUCAAUUGCAACUCCAGCAGCAACAGCAAGCUGCAGCCGCUGUUCAAAUUGAACGGCAACGUCGCCAGGAAUUGGAAAGACAGUUGCGACUCGAGCAAGAGGCACGCUACGAACGUGAGGAACGCACUCGCCUGGAGCGCGAAUACUACGAACAGCAAUUGCAGCGACAACAGGUCGAAAGGCAGCAGCAAUUGGACAGGCAGCGCCACCAACAGGAGCAGCUGGAGCGACAGAGACGACAAGAGAUGGAACUACGUCUCCAGCAACAGCGGGAACAGGCUGCCCAAGUCAAUAACUUUAUACACGCUCCCCAGUCGGUCUUUCGUCCCAUUGAAAACGAAACGCAACCGCAACCGGGUAUUUACAAGCCCAUAGCUCAAAAAUCCCAGCCCAAUGCAGCCGUUUGGAAACCACCAACGCAGCAGUCACAGCCGCCACCGCAAUCGCAGCAAUAUUUGCAGGCAAGAUCGGCUACUUCGUAUAGCAAUACGCCCUCGCCAUCCUCAACAGCCACCUCGCCCAUCGGAUUGCCCUGGGUGGCCAAACCGAAGGUGGACAAUAGCGAUUUCCGACGCAAAGCACAUCACUUUGAAGAGAGGUCCUUAAGGGAUAACAUAGAGCAACAGCAACAGCACCAGCAACAGCCAACAUAUCCCAAUGGCAAUAAUAGUUAUCUGCAGCGUCACAAUUCCUUGCGCUCAAAGGCACCUCACUUGAGUGAGUUCAAGAAGAGGCCAUCCCUGCCGAAUGCCAUGGACCCGGGAACAGCUGCACCACCGCGACAGGCGUAUCAAGCACCACCGCCACCCACUAAUAUCUCAUUUACGUAUGCCGACUUCCCGCCAGUGCGACGGCCCCAAGGUGGUAAUGCUCACCACUACAGAAGUCAACCUUGCCUAACAAGUGCUGUGGAUCAGGCCGAGGCAUUAACCAACCCCCUGGGUGCACCUCUAGUGCUUACCAGCUCAAAUCCCACUUAUCUGCCGCCACCUGGAAGCAGGAGAUUCGACUACAUAAGCAGCCCAGUGGAUGUGGAUGUGGACAGUCCACCCAAUAGUCCCACGAGCUUCAUGACCAUGCCGAAUCCCACAUUGAUGACAGACAAUACGGACGAUGAUCUCGAUCUGGAUUCGGAUAACAAUAUGCUGGAGUACCGAGCCGAAACAAAGGUGAUGCGGAAGCCACGUAGUCAAACGGCAGUAAGGGUGGCGGACAGAAGGAACGCUCACAUGAGUGACGAUGAGGUUUACGGAAAGAACUCAAGGGCGGCCAAGUCCUUGCUCUACACCAUGAAGCAGCUUGGUGGUGCUCCUGGGAAUGCUUCAGUUGGCAAUAGUGGACAAAGGAGGCAACCCUUAACGGCUCCAAGUUCGCCAAAAUCAGGUUGCCUUUCGCCCGAUGGCCGGCAAUAUCAGGCGCCCCUGGUGGAACCACUCUUCCCGCAACUGAACACCUUUGAGCCCAAACGACAGCCGCAGUUCGCGAAUUCGCCCAUGUCCACGCCGCCUGCUGUGAGCAUGCCCUCGAUAAACUAUCAAGCAAAUCCCACGUACACACCACCCAGAAGCAAUCAGAAUGCCAACUCCUAUUUGAGUGAGACCAACACCUCCUACGUGGUUACCUAUCCCAUGGACGAUUCCGGGGAUGAGCCCGAACCGGAAUCGACGGCCACAUCGGUGAGCCAGCGAUUGCGUCGAACUUCAGAACACUCGAAUGCCAGCUCCUCGCUGUCGUUGGGCAGCACCAGUUGGACAGCAAAUCCGGUGCAUAACACAGUUCCCAGUAUACCGCUGGGUUCCUCAAUGGGUCCUCCAGUGGAUCGCAGCACUAAGCCGCAAAUUAGUCAGCCAGUGGGGCCAAAGAUGCCACAGCAGGUUGCUCCGAAGCAACAGCAGGUUCCUCAGCAGAUUCCACAGCAGAUUCCACAGCAGUUGCCAAAGCAAUUACCCCAACAGAUUCCCAAGCAGUUGCCAAAGCAGUUACCACAACAGAUCCCACAACAGUUACCUCAACAAUUGCCGCAACAGUUACCAAAGCAGCUGCCUCAGCAGAUCCCACAACAAUUGCCCAAGCAAUUACCCCAACAGAUCCCGCAGCAACAGUUACCUCAACAACUGCCCAACAAUCUGCCCAGACAUGCUCCCAAGCUGAGUUCGCGUAGUCAUACCAUCCAGGGAGACUCCGGCUACGAGAAUCGUCCCCUCCAGAAUCGUGUAAUGUCCCAGCAAACCCUUAACUCCAGCAUUAUUACCAGCAGUAACCAGACCACCGUCCAGAAACAGCAAAAGGAGCAGCACAUUAACGAGUUGCGCCGCAAGAGUUUGGGCAAUGUCCUGGAGAGCAGUCAAAGAAGCACGUACUUCGAACAGGAGUACAAGUCUUCGGCACCACCCGAUACGCCGGAUAUUGUGAAAUCAUCACUGCCCAAGGAGGAUGCACCACUGCUAAAGAAAUUUGGGCCACCACAGCGUCAUCACUACAUGCCCAAUUCGUACCAGAGUCCGCAACUGAAUAAGCAGGCAAAUAGCAGUAGCACCACCACCAGCAGUACCACAGUAAGGAGCACCACAGUGGUGCAACAGCAACAACAACAGCAGCAUCAGCAAAUUAAGCCGAGUAUUGUGGAAACCCCGGCGACACCACAGCCACAAGUGCCGCCCGAAGACGAGAUACCCCACAACAUAGUGUUCAACAAUGUGAGUGCCUUUACAUCGAUGAGCAGGCGAAAUCACGAGGAGGACUCUCAUCAGGGUACGCAAUCGGGAUCCAGGGUGAAUCGACUGAGCAAGUGCGAUUCGUGGAACCAAAUCUGCCAGCUACAACAGACGGCGGGUCCGAGUCCGGCCAAGUACAACCAGCCCGGUUCUCCCGGCGAACUGAGACGCACCAAAUCCGGACACUCACUCGCUGUACCCAAACUCUACGAAGCGGGCAUUGAUAAGGCCCAAGUCAGCGAGAAACAGCGAACGGUGGCUGCCUACUUCUCCGGUCAAAAAUCACCGACUGGCGGCCAAGUGGAGGAGCUACGCACAUCGAUGACAACGACAUCAUCAAGUCGAAAAUCGGCCAUUAAUCGCACAAAAACGAGUGAAAAACUUUCGGCGGCAGCUCGAAAAUCAUUGAGUUCGCUGACCACAUCGAAUGGUAACGUUUCCACCGCCGGUUUGGGCAUGGUGGUGCGUGGUGGUGGCGGUGGUGCACUCAGUCGCAGUGCCACCAUGCCGCACAUCGCGAAUCUCAAUCUGCUGGACGAGAGCAAUGUGGAGGACGCCUUCGAGCAGCUAAUGAUGGCCCAACACAAGAGCUCCUCGUCCAGCGAACAGCGAACGGAAUCCAAGUCCAAGGAUGGCGGUGCCACUGUGACCACAACGACAACAAAGGUUACCACACGCACUGUCAGCGGAAGUGCUGCCUCCAAAAACAUCUCACCCUUGGCUAAAUUCAAACAGCUGGACAAACAGGCAGCCGCCCAGCAGGCGCAAAAAUCAUCUCCAACAACAAGCACACCCACGACCCCCGGCGGUUCGGCACAACCGUUGUUCAAAUUUACCGAUCCGGCAUUAAAUGCGCGCGCCGCCACUGUCAAGGAUCAACUUCUGCAGUGGUGUAAGCAUAAAACGCAGGAAUAUGAGAACGUCCAAAUAAACAACUUUAGCUCGAGCUGGUCAGACGGCUUGGCCUUUUGUGCGCUGAUACACCAUUUCUUGCCAGAUGCAUUUGAUUACACCACACUAACCAAGCAGACGCGACGACACAACUUUGAGCUGGCCUUCAGCGUUGCUGAUGAGAAGGCUGGCAUUGCACCAUUGCUGGAUGUGGAAGACAUGGUGGAGAUGAGUCGUCCUGACUGGAAGUGCGUGUUCGUCUACGUGCAGAGCAUAUAUCGCCGAUUCCGGAAUUGUCAGUGAUUAUCCAUCGAAAUCAGCAGCAGCAGUAGCAGAACAGUCCAAAUCCAGAUCCAAAUCCAAGUCAACUCAACGGCAACAGCAGAAACUCAUUAAAUUUUAAGCAUACACCACACGUACGCAUCCCCUUUGGCAUUUUGUGUUUAGACACACCCCAUGUAUCCCCCAUACACCAUUAUAAUCCAUAAUAAUCUAUAAUAAUCCUAUGCCUACGUGGCAGCCACUCAAGUAUCCGUCAUCCUGCGAAUAUCUAAUUGUAUAAUCGGCAUAUAUGUAUUGUAUAUUCUUCAACUGAAGCGCAAAUGGCUCGUCGAACUUGAACAACCGACUCUUUGUACGUUUUUUUGUGUUUGUUUUACCUUUACUAUUUUUUACUAUUAUUACGAUUACGCAUUAUUAUUUGUUAUCGAACUUGAAGCAGAAUCUAUGCAAAUAAUUGUUGAAUUAUAUAUUUUUUUGUCAUAAUUUUAAUUGCGAAGAGAGGAGAUGCAGAGCAGUUACUAACCCUGCCGGCGGUUAUCGACAAUGGAUUGAGUAUAUAUGUAAGAUACGUCCCGAUGCCGUCGCACACAUUGAUGAACUACUGUAAUAAUACGUACGUGUAACGAGAUCGAAACAUUUACUAACCGAUGGCAAUAAAACGGCCGCAAAGAAAUAAAAAAAAAAA